AUGGAGCAGGAGAGGUGGCCUACGGGCUAUUCGUCUGCUCGGCCACCUCAGGCUAAAGGCGGCCUGGAGGUCAAGUUCAUGGACCAAGGAGCCGUGGCUCGCGAACCGGAGCCAGAGACUGAUUCGGCUGAACAACGAACUAACAUGAGACUGUAUACUGUAAAGACUGAGUGUGAGUAUGUGAAACCAUAUAAGGUGAUGGAGAAGCAGAAUGACAUAAUUCGCAGUAUCAAACAGCUGAAUGACAAAGUUGAUGCACUUCAUGCUCAGACCGUCCCUGAAAGUGUCGGUUCCCGGACAUACCAGGAGAGGGAACAAGAUGAUGAGGACACUGCUGAGACCAUCAUCCGAAGAAUGGCCAGCUCUAAACCAGAAGUGCGAGCUCGAACCAAUUACAAGCAGUGCCUGGAAGUAAUGGGCCUCCCAGUAAAGUCACUCGAAGAACCGAAGAGUGCUAAUGACAAACUUGAUGGCGAGGACAAGGAAACCAAGCGCCGGAGGAAUGCCGUCGUCAAUGCCUUGACUGCAUACGCCCCUGGAAUGGAACUAGGAAAGAAUACAGUAGCAAACAUUGUCAGGAACUGCUUGUACGCUAUAGCCCCUGUUUAUCUUUGGCAGUGCUUCAGCAGUCAGGGCAAGUCGGGAACCACCAAAGGCAGCCUUGCCAGAGACAUGCCACAAAUUUACCGAGUUAUCAUGGCGGCUGCAAUAAGUAUCACAUCAAUGGACAGUACUACCAUCAUUUCUACAAUUGGUGCCGUAAUCCGAAGCUGUCCUACCCGAGCAGAAUCAAAGAAGUAUAGACAGGACCAUCCUGAACUUUUUCCUGACCAGCAAAAGUCUGAUGAAAAUAAAACACCUAAGGACAAAACCACCCAGAAACAGAAACACAAUCCUACUCCAAAAGAGAAAACCGCAGCCAUAGCCAUCAACUCUGUGAAUGGUAGAAAGAGGCCUCUCUCCUCUGACGAGGACUCUGAGGAGGACAUUCUGACCUCAUCUCCAGAGUGCUCUACCAGACAACAGCCUCUUCGGAAGACUCAUGUAGUUCCUUCUGCACCUGGGGCCUCUGCAGCAGGUCAGAAUUCUUCUGAAUCUGAAUCGAAGAGGUAG